AUGAAUCGGAAAAAGAAGAAGAAGCACGAAGAAGAGAAAGAUGAAGAGGACGAGGAAUUGCGUGGUGACGAAGAGAACAAGCAGGAUGAGGAGAUGAGGAGUAUAAUGAUGACAAUGAUGGCGAGGAAAAUCGACAAUCUCCACAACAGCAGGAAGAAAUUCCUCAACCGGAUCAAACCCCACCGGAAGAACCACUUCAACCGGAACAAACAGAAGACGCUGAAGCAAUGCCUUCAGAUGCACAUGUCUCUUCUUUUGCAGCGGUCAUGGUACUCCAUUAAGGAGCAUGCGCUGCUGAGUGGAUUGGAUUGUCAUGACUACCCUAGCAACUAUGGGGAGCUGAAGGACAAGGAUGCUGGCGAUUUCAAGUUUGUUGAAAAGUGGUUCAAGAGAAGGACCAAUAUUACCAUAGCAGAUGUGAAGAAGAAGCUACCGAAAGUGAAGAGCGCUGUUAACAAGAAGAAGAUGGCUGCGCUAUAUUUCUUAACCAAUGUCUUGAAAGCGAAGUCCAAAUAUAAAGGAAACAUAGAGCCAUUCUUUCUCAAAGUCGUGGAUGAUUUGGACUUGUGCGAAAAAUUCCCUUGGGGCCGUUUGACCUUUGAUGAUUUGGUAGAUGAAGUUAAGAAAGUAGCGAAGAAGUUCAAGGGAGGCGUCGUCAACGAGAAGGAUUCAUGGACCUUUUCUGGAUACAUUCUUCCUAUUGAGGCUUUUGCGUAUGAGUGCAUUCCUGCGCUUGCUCGAACCUUUCGAGAACCUGUUCAUGCAGAGAGCGACUGUCCAAGGUUGUGCAAGCACAAUUUCAAAGCGACUUACAUGAAAGGUUAUCCACUGUCCGAGAUAAACGAAGCAAUUGGGAGCAAUAGGGAUAUCAUAAGCAUCUUGGAACCAACCUCAGAGGAGGAAACCCUUAUGGAGCGCAUCAUAGACCCUGGUUGUGAUGAUGGGAUUGGCUACGUGGAUCAUUUAGUCGACCUUUGGAGAAACCAUCUAAUCGUCCAAAAGAAGAAGAUAUGGUGGGAGUCUCUGUACAAGAUUGACUUGGCCGGCAGAGGUAUCACCGAGUUUGCAAAUGAAGUACCAAUGCAGGCACCUGACAACGGUGGAUCAGUUCAGGGAAUGAUGGAAACGAUGAAAGCUUUGAUCGAGGAAGCAACAAAGAAGUUGGAGGAUAAGAUGGAUGAUGUUACCUCAGAGAUUAAGGCAAUGGUUGGGGACUUAGAUGAGAGACUUGAUAUGGUUGAAUGUUAUGUCAAUGAGCAACGAACCAAGAAGGCUCAUGAUAGAAGCGGAGCAAGUAGUUUUCCUCUAGGCGAGGAGGAGGAGGCGGAGGAGGAGGCGGAGGAGGAGGAGGAGGAGGAGCAAGUAGUAGAACCGCCAAAGAAGAGAAGAAAAGAAACUCCAGCAGAGAAAGAGAAGAGGACAAUCAGACCUUCAGCUAUUCUCUCAUCUCCAUAUGUGGCUGGUCAGGCAAAUAGAAAAAGAAAAGGCAAGACAAGUGGAAAAGGGAAAGGAGGUGCAAAGAGGCCGUACAACACACGUAGGAAACAAGGCUGA